AUGGCAGGGAAAUCUAAAGCUCGGAAGAACUUAAAGAAACCGUCGGGUCCUAUUUCGGAUUCUCAAGCGAAGAAAACGAAGUCAAUGGAUGAAGUUCUUGGUGUUUUGGCUAUGGAGAUUGAAUCUGGGGAUGAAGGGCAUCAAUCGGAGGUGGAAGCGGAUUCUUUGGUGGACGAGAAUGAGGAAAUUCUAUCCCCUAGAACAUCCCUCAAUGAAUUGAAAUCACGAUCAGAGGCUCAUCGUACGUUCUCAUUGUGGUUAUCGGUGAUGAAUUCAAGGAAGAGGCAGAAUCAGGUAACCCCCAUUCCCAUUCUACAACCUGGAUGCGAUGAAAAUGUUGUGUGCAUUGAAUUAGAUGAUAUUCAAGAUGAGGUGGAUUGUUGGAACUCUGCUAUAAUCUGUGAUGUUUUAGGUGCAAAUCCCCCAUUAUCUAUUUUUGAGGGUUUCCGUAGACGCAUAUGGAAAGACCUAGGGAUUGAUAAAGUUGUUAAUAUUGAACAUGGUGUUUUUGUGGUGAGAUUUUUUACUAUGGAAAAUCGUGACAAAGUUCUAGAUGCUAACAGACUCACUUUUGACAAGAAACCUGUAAUCUGCAAACCCUGGCAUAAGGACAUUGUAGAUCUUAAGGAUGAAGUUAAGGGGGUACCAAUUUGGAUUCAUUUGAAUCAUCUUGAUCUGAAAUUUUGGGGGAAUAGGAGUUUGAGUAAGAUUGUGGGUUCUAUUGGGGAAUUCAUUCAAGAUGAUCAAGCAACUAUCAAUAUGGACAAACUUCAAUUUGCAUGA